GAUGUCCAGAGAGCCGUCGGUUGAGAAUGAAAAUCUAUGUGAAGAUACUAGCACGCCGGAGGACCCUUUGCCUGCGAGUUGGGGAGUACGUUCGCGUCGGCAGCGUAAAAUGGCGGGUAUUGGAUCGUCUGCGCGUUCCGGAAAGCGGCGUAAACUGGCGUCUCUACCGUGCCCCGUCCAGCACUGGAAACCUAGAGCCACUAGAAGACACCAAGACCCUUCACCACUAUCAGCUACACGAAGGAGACACACUUUAUCUUGGAAUGAAGAUAGCGGUGACCGUGGACGUGAUAGGGGGACAGAGCGGGGUGUUGGUAGCCGUGGACACCGCUGACUCCAUCGAGGACGUGAAGAAGCUGCUACAGAAUAAGAUCGGAGUCCAUCCCGACGAGCAACGGCUCAUACUAGGUGGAAAGCUCGUGCAAGACGCCGGAAAGGUGAGAGAUUACGAGCUAAAAAGCGACGACGCACUUGUUGUCAUACGUCGAAAGCGCCAGUAUAACAUUGAAGUAGUAGACAAUCAGAGCAGGGGUGAACCUAUCGCAAAGUUGCAAGUCAGGGCAGACUUUACUGUCAAGCAAGUGAAAGAGAUGAUAGCAGAAUUAACCGUAACUCCGGCCAAUAUCCAGUCUCUCUCCUUUCGUCAGCAAAAACUCAGAGAUGACAAGACACUGCAGCAGUACUCCAUUAGCCCUGGAAGCAAAGUUUAACUCACUGUUGAUGACCAAAUAUUUGUCAGAGCGCUGACUGGAAAUACACUAGCUUUCAACGUGGGAGAGAGAGAUUCAGUUGAAGUAGUCAAAUCUCUCAUCGAGGGGAGAGAGGGGAUCCCUAUUCAUCAACAGAAACUGUUCUUCAACGGCAGGCGCCUACAGCAGCAUGGGACUCUUAAGGAACUUGGGGUUAGAAAUGGGUCGACCCUCGAACUCUCUCUCAGUUUGCCUGGUGGAGGGCCGGUUGACAUAUCCAUCAGUACAUUCAGAGGAGUCACUUUUACAGUACAGGUUCAAAGCGACUCGACGAUUCUAGAACUAAAGCAGAAAAUACGGCAGCUGAAGGGGUAUCCGGUGGACCAGCAAAAGGCUUAUAUUCUGUGGGAAGGUUCUCGAAGACAGCCCAACAGUGGCUGAUUAUAACAUCCAGGGGGCAUCAACCCUUCACCUGUUGGUCGGCCAGCCUGUAGGUGAGAAGACAGUGAACGUGAAAGUCACCACUCACACUGGUAAAGAACUCAGCUGCAGCGUUACACUCGGUGACACGGUGGAAACACUGACUCAGAUUAUUGAGGAGAAGGAAGGUGUGCCGAAAAAAUGUCAGCGUCUCUUUUGUAAGGGUAUACUGGUCGAGCAUACGAUGUCACUGAAGGAUAUUUUAAACGGUGGUAGAUCUCACACAAAACUAGAGGUGUGCAUGUACCUCGAAAUCAGGGGAGAAAUGGAUGUCUUUGUCGGGAUUCUAUCACAAGCCGGCAAAACCUCAGUGACCCCAAGGUUUGAGAAGAAGAUAAUUGUGAGCGUUGACAAGCAAAUGAAAGUUUCAGCGCUCAAGCGAAUCAUACAACACAGAGAAAAGAUUCCCACCUAUUUCCAGACCCUGUUACACAAUGGGGAGGUGAUGGAAGACAACUGUUUAUUGGAACAGUGGGAACAGGCGGAAAAGUCGAUGCUCCAUCUCAGAAUUGAAUACCUGCACCGCAAUGAGCAACUGACUCUAGCAGUCAAAACGCCAGGAAAUAGCCUAGAUCUUCCAAAUGUGGGGCUCUUUGUAACCAUCCAUGAUGUUAAGAUCGGCUGCAGAAGUCUAGUUGAUUCCGGCCAUGGUCGCUCCAAUAUUGAACGGCACUCUCUCUUUCACAGAAACACUCUUCUCGAGAAUGACAAAACUCUUUACGACUGCAGGAUCACGGAUGGUAGUGAACUCCAGCUGGUCCCAGCCGAUGAGUUCCCUGUCUUUAUCAAUGCCUCUGUAUACGGAAAACCCGACAGAUUCUUCGUGACGGCCAAGAAAACGAACACGGUACGAGAGGUGAAAGACAAAAUCAAUUGCGUGUCAGACCUGCCAACUACUCAUCAGCUGUAUUUGUCAGGCAUGGAACUGGAGGAUGCAAAGACUAUGGAGGAGUGUCGUGUUUCGGCCGGCUGCACACUGAGCUCAGUUCCACAGGGAGAUAUUCCAGUCUCAAUCAGAACGCGAUUUACCACCGUCACCUUCAUCUUCAAUCCGUUGAACUCAGUUGAAACCAUCUUGGAAAAAAUAGCCAGAGCUCCAGAAAUUUGCGUGGAGCAAUCAAACCAACGACUACUGCUGCAUAACGUGCUCCUUUCUGACAAAGUCAACCGUGGAAGACCAGUAACGGAAUGCGGAAUAUCGGCUGGUAACACUCUCAAUCUUGUUGCCGUCCCUCAAGAAAUAGACAUCCAUGUUUGCACGCCUCGCGGGAAAACGCUGACCCUGGUGUGUCUUCGUGACUGCACCAUCCGUGACGUGAAGACUGUAAUUGAGGAGAGGGAGGAUAUCCCAGUAGAGAACCAGAUCCUCCCUUUUGAAAGCGACGAAAAGACUCUGAGGGAUUACGGAGUUGUGCCUGGAACCCACCUUGACCUGGUCGAUUUGCCAGUUGCUCAGCUAAAGCCGGAGAUGUGUGAAAACCAACUGCUUCAGAAAUGA